UUCCCAUAGCCAUGGCCUUUGCCCACCCUCUCAAGAAAUUACUGGAAGAAGUGGUCUGUCCCAUCUGUCUGGAUUUUUUCAACGAUCCAGUAAGCAUAGACUGUGGACACAACUUCUGCCGAUUUUGUAUCACAGAAUACUAUGACAAGUGGGAAAUUGAAGAAGAGGGAGUUUUCUGUCCACAGUGCAGGAAAAAAUUCAGGAAAGAGAAAUGCAAGACCAACUGGCAGCUUGCCAGCAUGGUGGAAAAUAUCCAACAAUUAGGGAUAAGACCUGAAAACCUGAAAAAGCAGAUAGUCUGCAGGCAGCACAAGGAUACACUAAAGCUGUUCUGUGAAGAUGAUGAUGAGGUGAUUUGUGUGGUUUGUGACAAAACCCAGCAACACAGAUCUCACACUCUGGUACCCAUCGAGGAGGCUGCUCAGGAUUACAAGGUGAAACUCCAAAAAGACAUUGAGCUUCUGAAGAAAACGAUGGAGGAGAUUUCAAAGCUGGAAUCCAGAGAGCGGAAUAAACCACAGAACUGGAAAGAAACAGUAAAGUGUCAGAGACAGCAAAUCUUGUCGGAAUUUGAGAAACUACAACUGUUGAUGAAUGAAAAAAAGAAACACUUUCUCCAAAGACUGGAGGAGGAGGAGGAGGAGACUCUGCAGAGGCUAAAUAAAAAUAUAGUUAAACUCUCCCAGCAAAGCUCCUCUCUGAAGAAGCUGUUCACAGAGAUAGAGGAGAAGUGUCAGAAACCAGCUGCUGAGCUGCUGAAGGAUGUAAAGGGCACACUGGCCAGGAGUGAGCAGGUGAGACUGCAGGAACCAGAGCUCAUUGCUGCUGAACUGAAGGAUGUGUACAGAGUCCCUGGCAUGAUGGAAAUGCUGCGGGAAUUCACAGAUUUUGUAGUGUUGCCAACUUUUGUGAUUUAUUUGGUGUUUUUCUUGAAGGUUCAGCUCUGGGAAUCCUGUGAGUUUGUGAGAAGCUCGAAACUAACCAACACUAUGAAGGGAAGUAUUGUGUGUGAACUGCACCAGUAUCUGGAGGAACAAGAGCAACUCCUGCUGGCCCGGCUGGCAGAGCUGGACACAGAGAUUGUGAAAAGUCAGAAUGACAAUGUUAUCCAACUCUCUGAGGAGCUCCCCUAUCUGGAUAUGCUGAUCAGUGAGCUGGAGGGGAAGCAUCAAGAGCCAGCAAGUGAAUUCCUGCAGGAUAUCAGAAACACCUUGAGCAGGUGCGAGAAGAGGAAGUUCCAGAAGCUGGAGGAGAUGACUUCUGAGCUGGGAAAGAGACUCAAUAGUCUUUUUCAACAAAAUAAUGCUCUAAAGGAAACUCUAAAGAAAUGUAAAGCAAAUGUGACUCUGGAUCCAGACACGGCUCAUCCCUGCCUUGUCUUGUCUGAGGACCAGAAAAGUGUGACUUGGGGAGACAGAAGGCAGAAAGUGCCCAGCAGUCCCAAGAGAUUUGACUCUUCUCGCUGUGUGUUGGGCUGUGAAGGAUUCACCUCAGGGAAACAUUACUGGGAGGUGGAGUUGCAGGCUGUGGGAGGCAUGUUUGCUAAACUCAGGGCUGAAAUGGGUGAAGGAUAUUGGGUUGUGGGUGUUGCCAGAGAGUCUGUGAGGAGGAAGGGAGUGAUCCUGCUUAACCCUGAGGAGGGGGUCUGGGCUUUACAGAAGCAAAGAGGUCAGUACGCAGCCCUCACCUGCCCUGAGAUUCUCUUGUCUCUGAGUAGUAUUUUCAGUAGGAUACGGGUUUCUCUGGACUAUGAAGGGGGGCAGGUGACCUUUUUCAAUGUUGAGGAUGAGACUCCCCUCUUCACUUUCCCACCAGCUUGUUUCUUUGGGGAAAGAAUCUGCCCUUUCUUCUGUGUUGAGGGGAAGGGAACCUGGCUCAGACCGUGUCCUUGA